UCCAUGGGGUCAGAUUUCAGCAAAAGCUGAUCUCCUAGAAGCUAUUUAGGCAAGAUCUGGGACCAAGGACACAAGCCGUUGACUUAGCACCAUGGCACUGGGAGUAGCCUUCAGCAUUUUUUUGGCACUCUUGUUGUCUUACCUGCUCAUCUUGAUCUCCUGGAAGCUAACUAGUAAAGGAGGAAAGCUGCCCCCUGGACCCACACCAAUACCGUUUUUGGGGAACCUGUUACAAGUCCACAUUGAUGGCCCACUUCAGUCCUUCCUGAAGCUCCAGAAAAAAUAUGGCUCUGUGUUCACUGUGUACUUUGGUCCGAGGCCAGUGGUUAUCUUAUGUGGACAUGAGGCAGUGAAGGAAGCCCUAGUAGACCAGGCAGAUGACUUCAGUGGCCGUGGUGAAAUGCCUACAAUAGAGAAGAAUUUCCAAGGUCAUGGUUUAGGUAUGUCCAGUGGAGAACGAUGGAAGAUUCUCCGGCGUUUUUCCCUGACUGUCCUUCGAAACUUUGGGAUGGGGAAGCGGAGCAUUGAGGAAAGGAUCCAGGAGGAAGCUGGCUACCUACUGGAGGAAUUCCAUAAAACCAAGGGUGCUCCCAUAGACCCCACCUUGUACCUGAGCCGCACUGUAUCCAAUGUCAUCUGUUCCGUUGUGUUUGGGAAACGCUUCGACUAUGAGGACAAGCUUUUCCAGAGCCUAAUGAAGAUGAUCAACGAGAGCUUUGUGGAGAUGAGCAUGCCCUGGGCACAGUUAUAUGACAUGUAUGGGAGAGUCCUGCAGUAUUUUCCAGGAAGACACAACCACCUCUAUAACUUGAUAGAAAACCUUAAGGACUUCAUUGCAUCCAGGGUCAAGAUCAAUGAAGCAUCCUUCGACCCCUCAGACCCUAGGGACUUCAUUGACUGCUUUCUCAUCAAGAUAUAUGAGGAUAAAAGCAACCCCCACUCAGAAUUCAACCUCAAGAACUUGGUCCUCACCACCCUUAACCUCUUCUUUGCUGGCACGGAAACGGUGAGCUCCACAUUGCGCUAUGGAUUCUUGCUGCUGAUGAAGUAUCCCCAGGUGGAGGCCAAGAUUCUCGAGGAGAUUAACCAGGUGAUCGGAAUGCACCGUGCUCCAAAACUGGAUGACCGGGCUAAGAUGCCGUACACUGAUGCCGUCAUCCAUGAGAUACAGAGGAUGACAGAUGUUGUGCCCCUGGGUGUCCCCCAUAAUGUCACACGGGACACUCAUUUCCGAGGCUACUUUCUGCCCAAGGGUACGGAUGUGUAUCCACUGAUUGGCUCGGUCCUCAGAGAUCCCAAGUACUUCCGAUACCCGGAUGCUUUUUAUCCUCAGCAUUUUCUGGAUGAGCAGGGACACUUCAAGAAGAAUGACGCCUUUGUGGUCUUUUCCUCUGGAAAGCGCAGAUGCGUGGGGGAGGCGCUGGCCAACAUGGAGCUUUUCAUCUACUUCACCUCCAUCCUUCAGAAGUUCUCUUUAUGGUCCCUAGUGCCUCCUGCUGAGAUUGACAUCGCUCACAGGAUCUCUGGCUUUGGCAACAUCGCCCCCAUCUACAAGCUCUGCCUGGUGGCCCGCUGAGGGCACUGCCAGGCCAGCGAAGAGCCCCCUUAGCUGAGCACUGCUGGAGUUCACAUACACCCAUUCUUCCCAUCUCUCUCCCACUCUCCCUGCUCUCUCUCAAUCCUCCUUUCACUUUCAAGAAAAGUCACUCUUACUGUGCUGAGACCAUGGGUCAGGAGAGGUGUCUGGAAAAACAGGCUGGAUGGAUAAAACAGGGCUCUAGCCACAGUUUGGGGAAAAGCUUAAAGGUUUAAUUAAAUUCACUGAUUUGUUUUUCAACCUUGGUCUCAGUCCGAACCAAACUCUUACAGACUCUGUGUAUUUUCAUGGUCCUUUGGGUCUUUGCCCUGGUAGUGACCAGAAUGUACUCCAUGGUUGCUUUUCUUUCUCCUCCCCAAUAAAGAACUCAAGACUGUUGACCCUAACAAGUUUCCUGUGUAUCUGUUGUCUCGGGAAAUAACCAAGGGAUGAGACACCUAAGCAGGGUGCCAGGAAGUAGCUUAUUGUUGUGAACAACAGGCCCCCUAAUAUCCCCUCCACAUAGCAACCCAGAGUGACAUGUACUUUGGUUGGCCGUAUUAAGCUUGUGGAACAUAAUAUAAUAAAACUGCCCCUGCCAAAACAGAAGUUAAUCAUGAGCAGAAGUUUUUCAGUGCAGAAGGGAGGGUGGAGGUUAGUUUCAGAGGAGAUACAGUGAGCACCCACAGGGUGCUGACCUGGUCUUUUCUUCCUUUGGCUUCAGAGAGUGUCUUCUACCUCAAGGUGAAGUGUAAAAGAGUAGUUGAAAUGGGCUUUCUGACUCAGCAAUUUCCUGUUUCAGGGCGAGAUCCUGGCUGGCAUCGGGCAUCUUGCUGGCUUCCUGCCUAUCCUCACUGUCACCUCUCCUGCUAGCGGCUCUUACCUCAACUCCCAGCUCUACACAUCUGCAUUCUGUUUUGAAUAUACCUCAGUUUUUCAUGGCUUCUGUCUCCACAGUUCUAUCAGCAUGUUCAAAGUUGGUGAAACACCCUCUCUUAUUUCACUAAGUCAGUCGAUACUUAUCAAAUGUAUAGUGUGUGUCAGUAUCCAUCGGUGAAUAAAACAAGCAAAAACUCUC